GCCUGAAAGCAGCUUUGGUUGAAUCAAAAUAUAAGAUUCGCCUGAAGAGUGGAAGAAGCACCUUUGAAUUUAUUCGUUGCCAUGGCUCUAAUGUCACACCUCCGGAGGCAAGUCCAAUUGGCUGUUCAACAGAGUUCACGAAGUUCGCCAAUUAUGAGUGGAACGGUUUUCCGCCCGUCCUCAACUGCGGCCUCGUCUGCGGCUUCGUCUGCGUCACCCGGUUCCACGGCGAAGAAUGACGAUACGGAUGUGACCUUCGCCUCGCUCUUACGAAACUGCCCGUUCACUCAAAUGGGAAAUCCAGUUGGAAAGGUGGUGGUGGGGAAGGUCUAUCACGUGGUCAAUGACGAUUUGUACAUAGACUUUGGUGGGAAGUUUCCGUGCGUUUGCCGCAGGCCAAGUGGGAAGCGGUCCCUGUUUACGAGAGGCACGGAAGUCAAGGUCAUGAUUAAGUCACUCGAGCUCUCGCAACAGUUCCUCGGGUUCGACAAAGAGAUGACUUUAUGCGAGGCGGACUGCGUGUUUCUGGGUCGAUUAAAUUAGUAGAAGUGUUGUGAAGUGCAAGAGUAGUGAAUGAAAGUGAUUCAAUAUACAAAGGUA